UUAUCCUCAUUUAUAUUCUAAACUUUGUUCUUUAUAUCAGUCCAGAAAAAUGGCCACUAUUGGUCCAAAUCUCAGCCACCAAACUGAUCACACAAACCAGGAUGAGCUUGCUUCGGUUCAAAACCCUCAAUCCCACAAGCUCAAACUCUCUCUUCUUUGGCACAAAAAUUACCCUUCGGGUUUUCUCACUAAGGUGUUUGCAGAGAUUAUAGCGACAUAUCUGUUGGUGUUUGUGACAUGUGGCUCGGCUGCUCUGAGUGCAAGUGAUGAACGGAGAGUUUCCAAACUGGGAGCCUCGUUGGCCGGUGGACUUAUCGUGACUGUGAUGAUAUAUGCGGUUGGUCACAUCUCUGGUGCCCACAUGAACCCGGCUGUGACUCUAGCUUUUGCAGCCGUCAGGCAUUUUCCCUGGAAACAAGUCCCAUUUUAUGCGGCAGCUCAACUAACGGGAGCAAUUUCAUCUGCAAUGACAUUGAGAGUAUUAUUGCACCCAAUUAAACAAGUUGGCACUACAUCACCUUCAGGAACAGACCUCCAAGCUCUGAUCAUGGAAAUAAUCGUAACAUUUUCUAUGAUGUUCGUUACUUCGGCUGUUGCAACCGAUACCAGAGCUACAGGAGAGCUAGCAGGUGUUGCAGUUGGUUCAGCAGUCUGCAUAACAUCUAUCUUAGCAGGGCCAGUAUCGGGUGGAUCGAUGAACCCAGCAAGGACAUUGGGACCAGCAAUUGCUAGCUCAUACUAUAAGAGCAUUUGGGUGUAUGUGCUUGGCCCAGUCACAGGAGCACUUAUGGGAGCAUGGUGUUACAGCAUUAUUCGAGAGACUGAUAUGUCAUUCAAACUUCACAGAAUGAACAGCGGUGACACUGAUAGACAGCUUACAAACAAAGACCCUCUUAACGUUCUGUGA